GAGAGAGAUAAGCCACGCCAGCUAUAUAAUGUAACUGUGUUGACGGUGUGACGGUGUUCCGUUACGUCUAACGUUACCCGGAUGGUUGGAUUUAUCUUUUGUGUUUGCUUCCUCCAACCAAUUGUGGCUGCCGUUAGCGCUUGAGCGAAAGGAAAAACAUAAUUGGCGGAGAGAGAAGAGAGGAAAAGGGCUGAGAGUAGUGGUGGUGGCAAGAUUCAACUGUAUGGCCACCUCUCUUUCCUCUUUCUUUUCCUCUCAUCUUCCGCUUCCUUCCUUCUCUUCCCAAUCACAUUCAAUUUCAAAAGCCUUUCUCUUUCCUUCCUCUCUCUCCUUCCCCGCUCUUCGCUCUCUCUCCUCUUCCAACCUUAGAAAUCUCCCCAAAAUUCCUCUUCUUGCUUUCUCUUCCAAUAGUUUCGAAGCCUCUCCUUUCCAUGAUGCCUUCGGUUCCAAUCCUACUCCCUCUAAGAAAUCAGUCCUCACCAAUCUGAUACAGGAGAUAGAACCAUUGGAUGUUAGCCUUAUCCAAAAAGAUGUCCCCCCUACAACUGUGGAUGCCAUGAAAAGGACUAUUUCAGGCAUGUUAGGUUUACUUCCAUCUGAUAGGUUUCAAGUCUCUAUCGAAGCACUAUGGGAACCUCUCUCCAAGUUGUUGGUUUCUUCUAUGAUGACUGGUUAUACAUUGAGGAAUGCUGAAUAUAGGCUUUGCCUUGAAAGAAACCUUGGUUGUGAAGGAGAUUUGGAAAAUCAAACUUCAGAAAAGUCAAACUUUGAUUUACAAGAGAUGUUGUUAGACAGUACAAAAACAAAUGAAUUUUCAGGGAAAAAUGAUUUGUCCUCUGAAUUUGAAAAAACGACUGAAGACGAUUUUGAAGAUAUUGAAUUUCAAGGCCUGGGUGAAAUGUCCCUGGAAACUCAUAAAUACAUUCUUCAUUUGAAGUCUCGUCUAACUUCAGUUAAAAAGGAACUUCGUGAAGUCAAGAGGAAAAAUGCUGCUCUGCAAAUGCAACAGUUUGUUGGGGAAGAAAAGAAUGAUUUACUUGACUACUUAAGAUCAUUACAACCAGAAAAGGUAGCCGAGCUUUCUGAACCAACAUCUCCUGAAUUGAAAGAAAUGAUCCAUUCUGUAGUCCAUGGUCUCCUUGCCACCCUUUCUCCGAAGAUGCAUUCCAAGGUUCCUCCUUUGUCAGAGAACACCGCAACUGGAACUGUAAAUAUUGGGAGUGAAGAUUGUGCCGAACUUGUUGAGGAUACUUCACUUCAAUUCCAGCCCUUCAUUUCAUUAACACGGGACUAUCUUGCUCGCCUUCUCUUCUGGUGUAUGCUGUUGGGGCACUACCUUAGAGGCCUUGAGUAUAGGAUGGAACUAAUGGAACUUUUAUCCUUGACAAGCAGUCCCGACAAUAAUGGCUGUGGUGAUGAGCAGAUUGUUUAGAGUUGCUUUGAUAAAUUUGCUUCCAUCCGUAAAUAGAAAUGUGAAUCGGCAGGCGACUAACUUCUUUUUCAGCAAGAGUUUCAGGAAGAGGCAGGAAUUGAACAAGAUUAGGCCCUAUACUGUCUUGCAGAUGGAGAAUUAUUUUAUGUAUAAUAAAAGGAUACAUUGUUUUCGUUAAUGUCGGAGUGUAUUUCAAUGUUGUUGUUUCUUAUUAGCAAUCGCAUACUAAUGUUUUACGAUUUACCAAAAAAGGACGAAAAAUGUUGUUGUUAUUGCUUUUUAGUAUUCGCGCGAAGAAAUGUUUUAUUGAAUUUUCUCCUCUACGAAUGUUUUCAAGA